AUGGCCGACUGCCCGCCUCCGCCCGCGCACAAGGCCUGCCCAGCAGCAAAGGCCUGCCCGCCGCUAGUCUCCUGUCCUCCUGAAAAGGAGUGCCCGGACACCAGGGCUUGCGCUCCCUGCACUACGGCGGACACCCUCUCGGAUGCGGACAGCAAGGGCGGCAGUGUGGCAGCUGGCACCGGCUCCAGCGCGGCACUGGUCGACUGGGCACGGCGGCUGGCGGUGCCCUGGGGGCCGCUACUCACACAACGCGAGGCGCAACGUGCCCUGUGCUACGGCAGCGGCAAGCGGCUGCAGGAGGUGGCCGCUAAGUUGAUGGCCGGCAAGCCAAUCAAGGUCUUCACACUGGGGGCCAGUGUGACGCGGGGUAUUGGAACUACCGACCGGCAGUACAGCUAUGCCAGCCGGUUCUUCCAGUACAUCAACGCCACCUUCCCCCACAGGAAGCACACCUUCAUCAACCGCGGCAUCGGCGGCACCAGCUCUGCCAUCUACUCUGUCUGUGCGGAGCACAUGGUGCAUGAGGAUGCCGACCUGGUGGUGCUGGAGUUCAGUGCCAACGACCAGCGGGACGUGCCCUACUCCCACCCGGAGCGCAAGGGCUACGAGCAGCUCAUCCGCAAGCUGCUGAAGAUGCCGGGGAGGCCUGCGCUGAUCCAGCUUCACCACUAUGCCUGGUGGCACGCGGUGGGCGACGGGGUGGAGGACGGCGGCCUGUUCUACUACCCCGCAGCUGAGGCACAGCUGGGCGUGUUUGCGCAGUAUUACGACUUCCCAUCCCUGUCGGUCAGGGCAGCAAUGUGGCACCUGAUGCGUGCCCGGGUAGAUCAGUUUCAUCCGGAUGCGACGCGGCUGGGCGCCACCGCCUCUCCCACCAACGUCACCAUCCCUGGCGCCGAGCCCGGAACCGAAAAGGCGUACUGGUAUCGUGACAGGACGCACCCCGGGGACGAGGGCCACGGCAUGCUGGCAGAGCUGCUGGCCCACGUGCUGGCACAGGCUGUGAUAGAGGUGGUGGCCCCGCGGCCACGCCUGCACCUGGCGGCACGAGACGCCGACCUGUCUGCAGCGCAGGACGACGACGGCCUGCCGCUGCCCAUGAUCCCGGGCAACGCGGCCACGCCCACCACGCUGUGUGCGAUAGAGGAGGACUUUGAGGGCGUGGUGUCGGCACAUGCGGGCGACUUCAGCUACAAGCCUGAGAAGAGGAAGGGCAAGAACUUUGUGGAGCAGAAGUGGGGGUGGUCUGCCUCGCAGCCAGGCUCCUGGGUUGAGAUGGAGUUCGAUACCGAGUCGGGCUUUGAGGUGCUGCCAGGCACCAGCCCCGCGGCGGUGGCAGCAGCAGCAGCAGCGGCGGCGGCAGCAGUGGCGGCCCCUGCGCCUAACGGCAGCAGCGGCAAUGCCACUGUAGACGCAGCCGACCCGCGAGCGGAGGUCAGCUUGAGUUAUCUCAAGUCUUAUCGCGGCAUGGGCGUGGCGGAUGUGGCGUGUUUGUCGGGUUGCGCCUGCGAGGCGCAUGUGCUAGAUGGCACGUGGGCCGCCGAGGUGUCCCUGCAGCAGGUCCUGCAGUUCAGUGUCACGCGGCACAAGCGCUGCCGAGUGCGCAUCACAGUGGCGGAUCGGGCGGGGGUGGUGCCGCAGGAGGGCCACAAGGUGGUGCUGACGGGGCUCAUGGUGUCGCAGUUCUCUGUGCGGCUUACGACAUAUGAAAGUCAGGUGGGGGUGCUUCACAAGGCGACCAUCUGA